AUGGCCACCUCUAAUAACAAAUCAACACGAGGACAUAAGAAAUUCAAAAAAAAAGAAAAACAAAUUACACCAAACGAAGAUGAUUGGGAACUACCAGUAAGGAAAUAUAUUUGAGCCUUAUUAAUAUUAGCUUCAGAUUAAAAACAUUUAUAAUUAAUCUUAAAUUAACUGGUAGUCAAAUACUAGCCUGAAAUCCACUACUUGCCUGACAGCACUGACACCGGGGGACGACAGACUUGACUUAGACUUAGCUGACGACACAAUUUACAAUGAGCAGACAUGUUUGUUGUUUAUAUUAUAUUUAAAAGCAUUAAAAUACGUAUUUUGCUAACAGCAGCAUAUGCAUUUCAUAAUGGUCUACCUUCACAAUAAAGGCACAGCCACUUAAAUUAUUAAAAACAACACUAACUAGUAACUAUUACUAUUACUUGAAUUCCAUGAACAGUCAUAACACCUAUAUUUAUAUCAGUCUAUCACUACCAGUACAAAUUUACCACAAACUAAAACAUAAAACAAUGAUACAAUAUAUAAUCAAUAUACUUAGAUAAUAUAUCAGAUAGCUAACUAACAAGAAAAUGACUUAAGGCUAAGGCAACCCGGGCUUUGGCGAGCAGAAGGAGUCUCUCUUUUUUUUUUUUUAAACAAAUAUGAAAUAUUCCUAUAUUUUCUAUUUUCUGUAGAUUGUAGUAAAUGUUAUAUGGCAUAUGCCUAAUGCUAAUACUUGACUAAUUAUUAAUGACAUUUUAACAAAAAAAAAAAAAAGAAUCUUUUUUUUUUUUUUUUUAAACAAAUAUGAAAUAUUCCUAUAUUUUCUAUUUUCUGUAGAUUGUAGUAAAUGUUAUAUGGCAUAUGCCUAAUGCUAAUACUUGACUAAUUAUUAAUGACAUUUUAACAAUCCAACUCUGCAUAUUUUUUUUUAUGGCUCCCAAAAAAAUUAUCUCAGCAUUAUAAUUUAUAAAAACAGAUAUGCUCUCAAAAAAUUUUGCAAAGCCCUGCACUAGGGCACUUACAAAAUAAAAUUGCCCCAAAUUUCUGUAAUGUCUAAAAAAAAAAAAAAAGGAACAAUUUUUAAAAAUGAUUAAAUUGAGUAAUUCCUGCCCUAACUUAAAUAUUUUACAAUUUAAAAACUCUCCACCUUGCUCCUCUUUCUGUUACUACUCACUUUCUGAUAAGUUAAGCUUACAGUGUACAGUAGAUUACAGAUACCAAAUUAUUGCUAGAAGUAGAAGUAAAUGAUACUUGACAACAGGAUAGCCUUUUCAAUCAAAGCAUGACAAUUUAAUUCUCUGGUUGAUAAUUCACACACAUUGCCAAUAAUUAAGCAUCUCACUUGAAGCCUGUUGAUUGUUAUUGUUAAAAAUAUUUGUCAUUUUAACUGAACUUCAUUAUAUGAUCAUUAAAAAAAAAACACACAAUUUUUCUAGGAAGAUAAAAAGCUUUUAGAAGGUGUUGAGGAUGUUGAAGAAGAAUCCGCUGUAGAUGUUGAACCCAGUGGAUCUGACAUUCCGGAAUCUGAGGUUAAUUUUAAAUUGUCCCUUUAAUAUUAUUGUGUCCUCAAGUUGCUUUUAUUUAUAAACUAUAACUCAACUGUAACUGCUUGUUAUAAAUAUAGUAUAAAAUACCUCAGUUUAAUUUAUAUGCUAGUAUUUUAAAUUGUCAUACUAUCAACUUAAAAUUUUUAUUUAGAUUUAAAUGGAACACUGCGUAUCUUGUAUUAAAAUAAGUUAACUUGAUUGUUUUCCACAAUGACUGUAAAAAUGUACCCUUUUUUCAGCUCUUGGCCUUUCUACAAAAACUGGGUGUUGACAAAUACAGACCAUUCCCAUUAGCACCUGAAAAGACACAAGACAAAGAAAAAGCCAUUAAAAAUUUGAAGGAUGCCAAAACCCCUCAAAACGUGGCUCUGGCUGCUGCUAGAGAAAAUAAGUCAACAGCCCUGGCAACAAAAACUGUUGCUGCUGCUGCAAGACAGAAAUCUCUCACACAGAUGACAGAAAAUAACACACAAGUAAAAAUCAAUAGAAAUUUAAAGAAUGGCAAAGUUCCCCAAAACACAGAAGAAAACACUGCUAAAGAAAAAAAGACAGAAGCUCUGGCAAAAAAAACUGGUGCAGGUGCUGCAAAGCAAAAAGCUGCGCUGCAGUUCCUUAAAUUGAUCAAAUCUAGGAAUUAUUUGCUACUUAAACCAGGGGAAGCUUGGAGGGAAGAACAGGUUAGUGCUGGUUACAGAUUAUAGUGAAUAUUUGGCUAUUGCUCGGAUAUUUGCUUGUUUGUUUUUAGAGAAUGACAAGGAUGUCAACUUGGUCAUGUGAUUUGAAGCUUUCUUUGUGCUGUAUCAUUUAGCUUAUCUCUUCUGUAAAUGAGCCAUUGGAUUGUUAGUAUUUUUUUAAUGCAUUGCUUUACAAAUCAUGUUUGCAGGUGCACCCUUUACCCUCAGAGGCACCAGAUGAAAAAAUGAUUUCUGAGAUGGAGACUCUGGCCAAGAAACUGCUGGAGGAAGAAAUAGCUGUUUACGCAAAACGUCAGACUUUUUUCAUGAAUUAAAUUACUUUAAACAAAAAGAUUAUUCAUUUUAAAAUGUUUUUAAUGAUUGUUUUAAUGCUCUUUGGCUUUAAUUUAUUUUAGUUUGUAGUUUCCUUCAUGGCAGUGAUAAAUUUAAGCCAACAUUUUGAGGCUCAAUAUUUUUUUUUGUCGUGAUGAUUUAUUUUAUGAUUUGUAACUAAAGUAAAACUAAAUUCAUUGAUUUUUCUUUUUCAGAGAGAGAAAAUACCAAAAAUUCUGAAGCAAGAUGGUUGAAAACUGUUCUCACGUCGGGAACGCUGACGGACAAAAUGGCUGCACUGACUUUACUAGUGCAGGAGACGCCCAUUCAUAAUCUCUCCAGCUUGGAUACACUGAUUUCCAUGUCAUCUAAGAAAGGCAGGAGAGAGGCCAUGAUGGCAGUGGGUUAGUCCAAUUUUUUUUCACUUGAAGUUUGUCUAACGUGGCGCAAUGGCACAGUUUGGUGUUUUCUAGCCUUAUAACCUGAAGUUAGUGGGUUUUAAUUCAUUCUGGCUUAGAACAUGCAAAAAGAAAAAUAGUGAGGUCAUAAUUGUCUAACGUAAAGUGAGUUGAUAAUUGUCCAACCUAACUAGCGCCUGCAAUUUUUUACACUUCUCUUAUUAUAUGGGGAAAGUAACAAACAGAAAAGUUAUUCAAACUGAUUACAAGAAGCAAAUUUCCUCUAAUUUUUCUGAUCUUUCAACUUUAAUUUUGCCUGUUACCGGUACAUCAUUGGUGCUUAUAAACAAGGGAAGUAACUAGAGUUUAUUUUACAUUUUCAGAAAUGUCUUAUAUUCUCAAAAAAGUUUUUUAGAAAUUCAAGUCAUAAACUUUGUAUAUUCAAGUCAUAAACUUUGUAUCAAAAUCUUUCAAUUGUCUCCCCUUUCAAAAAAAAAAAAAUGAGUAAAAAUUAUUUUUUCAAGUAAUGUCAUUUGUUCACUUUAAUUUCUCAAGGGUCUUAAUAAUUAAAUCCCAUUAUGGUUUUAAAGAUUAAUUUGCUUAAGAUUUGAGCAGUCUCCAAGAUCAACUAAUCAUUAUUAUUUUUCUUCUUACCUCCAGACACUUUAAGAGAUUUGUUUCUAACUGGAUUAUUACCAGAUGACAGAAAGCUGAAGCCAUUUAAUCAGGUUUGUGUCCAUUGAAGAUGUGAAACAAGAUUUAAAAACUAGUUAACAGUCUCUGGAAGUUGUUUUGGUGGCUCAAUAGUGCAAUGGUAGCAUGAGGUGGUGGACUUGAUUUCCCCUGAAGAUGUCCUCAGAUACAAGGUGGUGUGUUUGCUUUCCCCUGUAGAUGUCCUCAGAUAUGAGGUGGUGUGUUUGCUUUCCCCUGAAGAUGUCCUCAGAUACAAGGUGGUGUGUUUGCUUUCCCCCCUAGAUGUCCUCAGAUACUGUCACAAAGCUGUGUAUGAUGUUCUAAUCUGCCCUUCCCAAGCAAAUUGUUGUGUACAAGCCCCCUAUUCCCCACUUCUGUACAAUGAACAGACUUGACCCUAAGAAGGGUAAAACAGCUUAGUGAAGUCCGAAGACUUAGGACACCUUUGCGCAUAUCAUGUGUACCCUAAAUGGCUUAACUUUCCAGAUAAGUUGUAGCUGCUGAUAAAAAAUCUUGAGCAAAGGAAACAAUUAACUUAUUUAAACCCUUGAACUUAUUGUAUAAAAGAGUAAAUAGUUUCAAUGGCCUUUGAUUCCAGCAACCCUUUCUGGAGCUGGUGGAGCUGAGUCAAAGUGACCUGGACAAACGAGACAGGCUUCUCAUCAUGUGGUUUUUUGAAGGACAACUCAAACAAAAAUACUCAGCCUUUAUAAAAGCCAUUGGGGUAAGUGUUGCACAGCUGCACUUUAUAAAAGCCAUUGGGGUAAGUGUUGCACAGCUGCACUUGAGCGGUAUUAUUUAUCGAUCUCAUACAAAAUUAGCAAUAUUUUUUGGUUGGCUAUUCAUUGUUGUUUCUCUGCCAAUUAACAACUUCUGAUUGAGCUCAUCAUAUGAAUGCAUUGGUUUCACUGCCAAUCAACAACUUCUGAUUGAGGUCAUCAUAUGAAUGCAUUGGUUUCUCUGCCAAUCAACAACUUCUGAUUGAGCUCAUCAUAUGAAUGCAUUGGUUUCUCUGCCAAUCAACAACUUCUGAUUGAGCUCAUCAUAUGAAUGCAUUGGUUUCUCUGCCAAUCAACAACUGACAAUAGUCUAUGUACUAUUUAUAAAGCAUAUUACAUCAAUAGGACUUAAGGUACCCUGAAUAUAUUACCAAGAAGUAAAUAAGGUGGCCGACCAUUCAGCAUCCCAUGUCAUGUUAAAUUUGUUUCUAAGACCAAGACUUUCUCCAAAUGGAAGCAAGAGCUUUGGGUGGUAUGAGAAGGAUCUUUGGGUGGGAUGAGAAGGAGCUUUGGGUAGGAUGAGAAGGAGCUUUGGGUGGGAUGAGAAAGAGCUUUGGUGGGAUGAGAAGGAGCUUUGGGUGGGAUGAGAAGGAGCUUUGGGUGGGAUGAGAAGGAGCUUUGGGUAGGAUGAGAAGGAGCUUUGGGUGGGAUGAGAAAGAGCUUUGGGUGGGAUGAGAAGGAGCUUUGGGUAGGAUGAGAAGGAGCUUUGGGUGGGAUGAGAAGGAGCUUUGGGUGGGAUGAGAAGGAGCUUUGGGUGGGAUGAGAAAGAGCUUUGGGUGGGAUGAGAAGGAGCUUUGGGUGGGAUGAGAAGGAGCUUUGGGUGGGAUGAGAAAGAGCUUUGGGUGGGAUGAGAAGGAGCUUUGGGUGGGAUGAGAAAGAGCUUUGGGUGGGAUGAGAAGGAGCUUUGGGUGGGAUGAGAAGGAGCUUUGGGUGGGAUGAGAAGGAGCUUUGGGUGGGAUGAGAAAGGGCUGUAGUACUGAAAAAAACCCGAAAAUUUUGAUUGUUUAUAAUGCUUGAGGUUGCUUGAUUGUUUAUAAUGCUUGAGGUUGCUUGAUUGUUUAUAAUGCUUGAGGUUGCUUGAUUGUUUAUAAUGCUUGAGGUUGCUUGAUUGUUUAUAAUGCUUGAGGUUGCUUGAUUGUUUACAAAGCUUUAAGAUGCUUGAUAUGGCUAAUUAUAACUUCCAUUGACAGGACAUGUCAUUUGACACAUUACAAGCCACCAAAGAGAAAGCACUGAGUAAGUACUCAAAAUACUAGCUCCUGGUUAAAGUGUGGUGGUCAUUCAGUUGAUGAAGUGUGGUGGUCAUGGAGUUGAUGAAGUGUGGUGGUCAUUGGGUUGAUGAAGUGUGGUGGUCAUUGGGUUGAUGAAGUGUGGUGGUCAUUGGGUUGAUGAAGUGUGGUGGUCAUUGGGUUGAUGAAGUGUGAAGGUCAUUGACAAAGACCAGCUCAACUCAUAGCUCUCACAUUCUCGACAUAGUCCUCUUAAAUUUAAAUGAACGGACCAGAUUAAAAGAUCCAGCAUCUCAGUUGUUAUUGGCAACCAUCAACAACGUGAGCUGUUUAAGUCGUCCCCCCACCCCCACCCCAAUACACAGUUGGCUGAUUUAAAAGAAUGUUUUCUCUUGACACCUGAUAGCAUAAUUCCAUUAAAAUGAAUCCUAUUUGAUUGAUCUCUGUAAGCUUGACAUGGUUUUCAUAAGCCAGACUUUUCUGUUGCAUUCUUCACCAGGCACAAUCCACCAGAUGUUAACAGGGAAACCAGAGCAGGAAACAGUAGGUUGCCUUUACAGCCACUUCUUUUGUUGAGUUAAGGUCUGCUUUAGUUUAGGUUGUCUCAUUGUCUGCUGCAGUUAAGGGCGUGGGGGGGGACGGGACCACCAAUUUUAAUAAUUGAUCCUUUUUGAAUACUGGAACUGGAAGAGCUAGAGGUCGUCCAUAAAGGACAUCGGGGGUGUUGUUCAAAAUUGGACAAAUGCGGUUAAGGGGGGAGAUGGGUAAUGGGUCUUGUGGAUGUCUGCAAGCUAACUCUUUUGUAUUAUCAGCUGCAUCAGGCAGACUGUGUGCAUUCCUUCAUGGCUGAUCUAUUUGCCAGACUGCUUGCAUUCCUCCAUGGCUGAUCUAUUUGCCAGACUGUGUGCAUUCCUCCAAGGCUGAUCUAUUUGCAAAAUAAAAAAAUAAAAUAUAUUAAACUUAAACCAUCAUGAAGUGAGUAAAAACUUUAUAAGGGAGAUCACUCUAAAUAUUUGGUUGCUAUUUAUCAACAAAUGUAAACGUUGCAAGUAAGUUUUAUCCUACAUUUUUUACUCUUAAGGCAGCCAAAUAAUCAAUUUUUUUUAAAAUCUGCAUUAAGAACAAUUUUUUUCCCUCUUCCAACUAAUUUUUGGUUUGCUGGGGGAGGAGGGGCACUUUAGGCCAUCACUUCGGGCAAUAGCAAAAAAAGCUUGGGUAGUACGGUACUGCCAUGUGUUCAAAUUUGUAUCAUGGGUUUGACCCACUUUGGUUUUUUGCCAGUGACACUGUUUGGUUCUGCCUCAAAGAAAUAAUGUGACAAAUUACAUCACAUACUGAUAACUAUCACUGUUAUUAACUUUUAUGAUAUUUUUCCAAUGUAAACACAAAGCGGCAGUAUGACAAUAAAUUCAUUGAAAACAAAGCAUUGUGAGGAUCUCUUUUAAGACUUUCAAGGAUUUUUAACAUCAAGGAUUUCACAGAGUUUUAGGUGAUAUUCUUUGGAUCUAUUUGAGAAAUUAGAGAGUGAGUGAAGAGGGUCCAUCACCAAAACCCCAGAGGAAAACAGCUCAAAGACAGACCUAGGCUUAGGUGGAUGGAUGAUGGGGAAAAAGAUCUACAGCAGCUGGAAAUCCAAGCUUGAAAAAGAAAAGAAUUAGUUAGGUCUGAGUGGAAGGAAGUGGUGAGGCAGGCCAAAGUCCUACAUGGGCUGUAGCACCACAGGGAUUGAUGGGUGGUAUGAGUGGAAGGAAGUGGUGAGGCAGGCCAAAGUCCUACAUGGGCUGUAGCACCACAGGGAUGGAUGGGUGGUAUGAGUGGAAGGAAGUGGUGAGGCAGGCCAAAGUCCUACAUGGGCUGUAUCACCACAGGGAUGGAUGGGUGGAAGGAAGUGGUGAGGCAGGCCAAAGUCCUACAUGGGCUGUAGCACCACAGGGAUUGAUGGGUGGUAUGAGUGGAAGGAAGUGGUGAGGCAGGCCAAAGUCCUACAUGGGAUGUAGCACCACAGGGAUGGAUGGGUGUCUGAGUGGAAGGAAGUGGUGAGGCAGGCCAAAGUCCUACUUUCUGCAGCAUCUGCCCAUCGCACCAGUAUGCAUAAUCUCCAAAAUCAACAACCCCCUUCCCCCCUGCAGUGCAUACGUAAUAAGUGGAUGGACCUAUAUCAUACUGAUUUAGAAGUUUUAGUCAUGUGACUCAUUUCAAUUGUUAAUUGUUGUCAUGCUUCCUGGCAUUUCACACUUCAAAUUGCCAUAUGCGCCUGUGGAUGUCUGCAACCUUUGGGCGGGUGGAGAGUCACAUGCUUGCAAGAGGGUAGGGUAUGAAAAAAUGCAUAUUAUGUGCUGACAUCUUUUAUGGACACCCCCCACUUCCUGGCAUUUCACACUUCAAAUUGCCAUAUGCGCCUGUGGAUGUCUGCAACCUUUGGGCGGGUGGAGAGUCACAUGCUUGCAAGGGGGUAGGGUAUGAAAAAAUGCAUAUUAUGUGCUGACAUCUUUUAUGGACACCCCCUCCACCCCCCCCCCCCCCCCCCCGGAUGUUUCACUACAAUCCUUAGUUUAAAUUUAAUUAAAAAAACAGGUGUCAUUGUUUGAUAUAUAAAGUUAAAUAUUAUUGUCUAGAACUGUGGCAUUAAAAGGUUAAUCUAAUUUUGUUAUAGGUCUUACUCCCAAUGCUGGUGAAUAAACUUGGAGACCCCGCCAUCAAGUCUAAAGCAAUGUAUCUGAUGACCAAACUUGGUAUGUGUGAAAAUGAAAGCUUUAUUGGAGCAAUUCUAUUAUACUAUAGUAAUACUAUCAUACUAUAGUAACACAUUUUCAGUGAAAAUUGUAGCUUUAUUUGCUCGCUUUUUGCUGGCCAGUUUCUUGGAUUUGCUAGUGAAUCUUUUAUUCUACUCUCAGUUGAAGAACACCCCAACAUGAAAUCUGUGAUUGUCAGAGAGGUACAGCAACUUCUCUACCGACCGAAUGUCGCCCAACGUGCACAGUGAGUUACAUGUCAUUGAAUGUAUUACAUCUUUAUGUGUCUCACACAUUAUAUGUGCACAGUGAGUUACAUGUCAUUGAAUGUAUUAUAUCUUUAUAUGUGUGUCUCACACAUUAUAUGUGCACAGUGAGUUACAUGUCAUUGAAUGUAUUACAUCUUUAUAUGUGUGUCUCACACAUAUGUGCACAGUGAGUUACAUAUCAUUGAAUGUCUUACAUCCUUAUAUGUGUGUCUCACACAUUAUAUGUGCACAGUGAGUUACAUGUCAUUGAAUGUGCUACAUCGUUAUAUGUUUGUCUCAUUUUGUCACCAAGCGUUAAAUCUUUUAAACAAUUUAUUUGUUCUUACGUAAGUAUCUAAUUCAAUCUUCUUUAAUGUUAGCCUUUCUUUGAUAGCUAUGGUAUUUUAAGUAAGCCUUUCAUUGAUAGGCUAUGGUAUUUUAUGACUUGCACAAUGUCUUUUUCUAGUUAUGGAUUAUUCUGUCUUUUUUUCAUGAAGUCUAGUGAAUUUUGUUCUUCUCUCACUUAGGUAUUAUGCCAUUUGCUUUCUGACUCAGCUGCGCCUUAAUCAGUCCGAAGACGCGCUGGCCUCUCAGCUUAUACAGAUAUAUUUCUAUUUUUUCCAGGUAUUUUUUGUCUCAUAAGAACACACGAGUUGCCAGUUAUAGAAAAUGUGGUGUUGUGGCUUUAGAGAACUGAUUGGAAUACUUCAAUAAAGAUAUGAACAUGUCAGAAUACACACCAGUGACUCUUAGUUUAAGAGCACACACAUAUUAUGUAGAUUUAUAUGCCCAAACACUUUUUGUGAUUUUAAUUUAUAUUUACUUACAUAUUUAUCUACAAUGUAGAACCACAGAAACACUCUCCUCCGUAUAUUUACCCACAUAUUUAUUUACUAUAUAGGACCACAGAAACACUCUCCUCCGUAUAUUUACAUGCAUAUUUACGAUAUAGGACCAUAUAAACAUGUUCCUCCUUACAAGAAGUUCUGUCAUCAUUACAUUAAAAGCACAGUAAAAUUAAUCAAGGAUCCUAGCAGUCUAAUGAAAAUAUUUGUAAGAAAAUGUGCUUGCUGCUCUAUUUGCCUUGUGUUUAUCCUCAGAGUUACCUCAAGAAAGGGGAAAUAGACAACAAGAUGAUGAGUGCACUUCUAACGGGAGUCAACAGAGCUUAUGUCUAUGCUAAAGGUACUGAGAUUCCUACGUUGACUGUUCUUUAUCAGAUCUACAGUACAGUGGUUAAUCUCUGGUCCGUACAUUGUGAUUAAUCUCUGAUCAUUCAUCGCUCUGUGGUUAAUCUCUUGUUCAUGGACAGUGGUUAAUCUCUUGUUCAUGGACAGUGGUUAAUCUCUUGUUCAUGGACAGUGGUUAAUCUCUUGUUCAUGGACAGUGGUUAAUCUCUUGUUCAUGGACAGUGGUUAAUCUCUGGUCCACAUUGGUUAAUGUCUGGUCCAUGGACAGUGGUUAAUCUCUGGUCCAUAUACAGUGGUUAAUCUCUGGUCCAUGUUCAGUGGUUAAUGUCUGGUCCAUGGACAGUGGUUAAUGUCUGGUCCAUGGACAGUGGUUAAUGUCUGGUCCAUGGACAGUAGUUAAUGUCUGGUCCAUGGACAGUGGUUAAACUCUGGUCCAUGCAAAGUCAUCUUAAUAUGGCUAGGAAAGGAAAAUACAAGAAGUGGGCGGGGUGGGCAUCAGUACACUGUAAACUGAAAUAUCUGGAGGUUGGGUUAUCUAGUGACCAUGCAAUGCACAUCAUGAUGACAUUUAUGGCCACUGGAGGUUGGGUUAUCUAGUGACCAUGCAAUGUACAUCAUGAUGACAUUUAUGGCCACUGGAGGUUGGGUUAUCUAGUGACCAUGCAAUGUACAUCAUGAUGACAUUUAUGGACACUGGAGGUUGGGUUAUCUAGUGACCAUGCAAUGUACAUCAUGAUGACAUUUAUGGCCACUGGAGGUUGGGUUAUCUAGUGACCAUGCAAUGGACAUCAUGAUGACAUUUAUGGCCACUGGAGGUUGUGUUAUCUAGUAACCAUGCAAUGCACAUCAUGAAGACAUUUAUGGCCAUUGUUGGCUUAAUAUAUGAAGGAGAAGGUCUAUACCGCAAUUUAGUUACAAGCUUUAACAAUUGGUGCCAUGAAAAUUUUCUCCAGCUGAAUGUCUCAAAAACAAAAGAAAUGGUUGUUGAUUUCAGAAGGGGGAACACCAGAUUACAGAUCUCAACAUAAAAAAUCAAAAUGUGGAGAAAGUGGACGCAUACAAGUACUUAGAUAUCAUCAUUAAUAAUAAGCUAACAUGGCAUGAGCACGGCCAAAUCCUGUAUAAGAAAUUCAACCAAAGACUGUUCUACCUCAAAAAACUGUACAAUUUUGGUGUUAGCAAGCAAGUUGUUAACUUAUUCUACAGUGCAACAAUUGGAAGCCUGCUUAAUUUCAAUAUUACCUGCUGGUGUGGAAAUUCAACGCCUGAUAUUAAACACCGCAUAAACCAACUAAUCAAGAAAGCUAGGAACAUAACACAAACUAAACAUCCUUCACUUGAAGAACUAUUUGAAGAAAGAUGUUUUUGUAAAACUAAACACAUUUUGGAUGAUACAUUCCACCCUCUUCAUCACAGAUACUUAGGAUCGGGCCAUAAAAAACAUAUCCAAUUCAAAUACAUUGUCUAUUUUUCAGCCAACAAGGAAGAGAUAGCCACUCAGAUUGACUCUGUUUAUAAAAUCAUACCAUCUGUCAACUUCCACACUGGCGUACAAGCUCUCAUGUUACUCCAUCAGGUGACAGAUGCCAGGUAAGUGACCUGUGUGUAAAGCAGUGUUUUUUGUUUGUUUCAAUUUAAAUGUGGUGUGGUGCCGUGAACUCUCUAAUCUCCAUACUUUCAUCUGUUAGGCACCUCAACUUACCACAAAUAUGUGGCAAAACUUCCCUUAAUAAACAAAACAUUUAAGUCAAAUUUUAUAUGAAUAUAAAGUAACUGUUGAGAAUCUUGUGGUACCCUUUUUUUUCUAGACCUCAAGAGAACAUUCAUAUAUAUGGCAUCCUUCCGUCUUCACGAGACGAUGGAGUAGCUAUGUAGUCCUACACUUCGAUGAGUGGCUCACUAGCCCAACCUAGAAUGACAAUCUCGACUGCAUUUGUCAAGAGAACAUGCAAAAAUCAUAAUAAAUAUAAUACGGAACGCUGCAUAGACAUUAAAAUGGAUUGUACAUAUGACAAUGACAAUAUACAUUUUUAAUUUGUGUGAUUGAAAAGAACAAUAAUACCUAAUUCCUUUGCGGGUUUCUCAUAGGAUACAGUCUGCAGGUUUUCUCCUUGGUUACAAUCUGCAGGUUUUCUCCUUGGUUACAAUCUGCAGGUUUUCUCCUUGGUUACAAUCUGCAGGUUUUCUCCUUGGUUACAAUCUGCAGGUUUUCUCUCAGGAUAUGUUCUGCAAACUUUUUGUUAUUUUGUAGGAUUAAAAUUUUUAAAUAUUUUUAUUAAAUAUGUACUUAUAUUUAUAGUGUAUAAUGUACCCAAUGAAAGAAUCCUACUGCGCUGUAUUUGGCUAGGGGUGUCAUAAAGUAACCCCUGCGAUAUUCGAGUUAUUACUGUAAUUUAAAAUGAUUUUUUUUCUCUUGGGUUAUUCAGUAUUAAGUUGUUCGUAUCAUCUUGUGUUUGUUAGCACCAGCGCUUCAGACCGCUUCUACAUGUGUCUGUACCGCAAGCUGGUGGACCCUGCCCUCAACAAUUCUUCAAAGCAAGCCAUAUUUAUGAAUCUCUUAUUUAAGAGUUUGCGUUCUGAUGUCGUGGACAGGAGAAUAAAAGUAUGUCGUCGUUACCAGAGGCUUAGAGAUUCUGUGCGCAUUUGCCCAGAUUAAAAUAGAUAAUCUUGUUAACUGUUUUAGAAAUUUAGAAUUAUGAAACAAUGUUUAAAUUCAGUCAUACAUUGAAAAAAAUUCAUAAAAAGUCUAAAAUUUACCUUAUAUAGAUCUAUUUAUACCUUUAUAUUAUUCUCUUCUCUCUAUCUCGCAGGCUUUUGUCAAGAGAAUACUCCAAGUAUACUCACCCCAGCCCCCUCACAUUGUUUGUGGUGUGCUCAUUCUCCUGUCACAGGUAAGUUGGUUAGUGGUGUGCUCAUUCUCCUGUCACAGGUAAGCUGGUUUGUGGUGUGCUCAUUCUCCUGUCACAGGUAAGUUGGUUUGUGGUGAGCUCAUUCUCCUGUCACAGGUAAGAUGGUUUGUGGUGAGUUCAUUCUCCUGUCACAGGUAAGCUGGUUUGUGGUGUGCUCAUUCUCCUGUCACAGGUAAGCUGGUUUGUGGUGUGCUCAUUCUCCUGUAACAGGUAAGAUGUUUGUGGUGUGCUCAUUCUCCUGUCACAGGUAAGAUGGUUUGUGGUGUGCUCAUUCUCCUGUCACAGGUAAGCUGGUUUGUGGUGUGCUCAUUCUCCUGUCACAGGUAACAUGGUUUGUACAACUGAAGGUAAUUUCUGACACAGUUGAAGGCCAUUCAGAGACUGCAGAGCUGCAAUGCCAUCAAAUUAGUUUUAAAAAUAGCAAUUUCCCAAUGAUCAGCAUAUUCCUCUCUUUAUACAUUUUUGGCCAGGAAAGAGACAUACUUGCUAUUAAUGAAUUCAUUUGUAUCUAUUUUUCAAUGGUCCAGAUUUUGAAAGACAAGUCAGGACUGGUGCGGAGGAGCUUCAAAGGGGAGGUAAGUCACUUGUUAGAAGAGUUGUUCUUUUAGCUUCAAGGAACAUUUUUUAAAAUCUGUAUGCCAUGUUGGAUGUUGUCCCUUGAAUUUAUUGGUUGAGUUUUUAAUUUUUUUACUCAGGGUAUACAGCUUGCCCAUGAUUAGCUUCUUUGAAUGGGUUUGCAAGGCAAUUCUACAAGCAAAUCAGUUGACAUAAUUCUGAAAUAAUUUCUGUUUAAAUCAAAGGGUGGGCUGCACUUUAAAAAAUUGAAAAACAUAUCAAAUUAGGACCAUCAUCAUAUCAUUGUCACCAUUUAAUUUUUUUACUUUGUGGGACUGAUGUUAUCAACUUUGUAACAUUUUUGUUUCUCAGGGGGCGUGGCUGGAUGAUGAAGAGGAACGAUUUGUUGACAUUCCUGAUCCAGACGAUUUGGCAAAUGACCCGGAGGAGGACCGAGAGAAACCUGGGGGUGACGAGAAAGAGCUGGAUGAGGGAGAUAAAGUGAAUGCGGGCAAGAAAGGCGCCGUCAGUGUAGGGGUUCCAUCCAACACAGGGAAGUCUGGACAUGCUGGUCAGAUGGGCGGCAAGACACAGGGAUCUUGGGUUCACAGGAACAAUUUUGGUGGGCCAGGUAAACAGCCAGCUUUCAUUCAUGGAGACUCUGUGCUAAGUCAAAGCAUUGAAUGACAUCACAUUGGUCAAGUACAAAGAGCCCAAAUGGUUUUCUUGAUUUAAUAAAUACAUCACGUUAGUCAGGUACAAAGAGCCCAAAUAGUUUUCUUGAUUUAAUAAAUACAUCACGUUAGUCAAGUACAAAGAGCCCAAAUGGUUUUCUGUCAUUUAAUAAAUACAUCACGCUAGUCAAGUACACAGAGCCCAAAGGGUGUUCUUGAUUUAAUAAAUACAUCACGUUAGUCAAGUAAAAAGAGCCCAAAGGGUUUUCUUGAUUUAAUAAUUAUGAUAUCACAAUAGAAAACAUAACCACAUUAGCUCUUGUACUUGAGUUGCCUGCCUGCUCUUUUAUUGUUAUUUUGUCAUCAAUCUUUGUUAUUGAUUGCAUAGGUCGCUGGUCAGAGUAUGACCCAUAUGGAAGGAACCCCCUCUACGCCAGAGCUGAGCUUGAGUGUCUCUGGGAGCUUCAACAUCUUGUCCAGCAUUAUCACCCUACUGUUAAACUUUACGCCACAUCAUUACUCAAAGUGAGUCUACAGUUACUUAUUGGCGUUAACAAUUUGAGCUAAACCUGGUCUAUAGGUUCGCAGAGUUAAAUGUGCUCUACAUGUUGGCAAAGCACAGCCAUUUUUUAAUCAAAAAAGUCGCUGAGAAAAGAAUCUCUAUUAAGUGUCCAUGAUCUUGGGAAAAAAAACAAGAACUCCAUUGAAACAAAAAGCAGAGGCUCUGUUCAUAAUUACAACUCACACUCAAAAGUUAUUCAUGCCCCACAAAUUUUUGACCAAGUCUUGCUACAGACUAAUUUUAAGGAGAAACGAAAAAUAUUUAUGUUGAAUGAAAAAAACCCAACAAAUUUCGAUUUACUUGGAUCAAUAAAAGUAUUUUAUCUCAUCUUAUUUCAUCUUAUAAUUUCAAUGAACUCAGUUUGGCUUCAGAUGGACCUUUCUAGGUACAAUUCUGCACAGGCAAACAUCUCAUAACUGAUUUAAUGACUAAAGUCUGAAUAUCUGUGAAGACCAUUUUCUUAAUUAUAGUGAAUAUUCAGUUUUUCUUGAAAAUCAAAUCUGUUAAAUUUGUGAUCAUUUUCUCACCACCAGGGCCUGCCCAUUGAAUAUGAUGGAGACCCUGUUAAGGACUUUACUCUCUCAAGAUUUCUGGACAGGUUUGUGUACAAAAACCCAAAGAAAAAUCUUGGUGAGUGAAGCUUCAGCUAAGUUGAAUGUUGUUACAGUUAAGUGUAAAUUAAAGAUGUAAUGAAAAUGCAUUAUGUAUAACACACAUGCUUGGCAAACAUAUUUCCUGAGUAAAAUAUAAAACAUACUGAGCAACGUGUAAAAUAUACUUUGUGAAUAAAGUGUAAAACAUAAUUACUGAGCAAAGUUUAAAAUGUAAUUAAGCUGUAAAGGGAAGUUACUGAGCUAAGAACACCCGAUUUUACACUUAGAAUAACUGAUGGAACAAAUCUUUUCUGUAUUCCAACAGAGGAGAGCAAUGCAAACAUGGGUCGCUUUAGAAGGUCCGGCCCUUCAGGAAUUAGAGCGGUGCCAGUUAAUUCAAAGGAGUAUCUGGAGGCUGGUGAAGAUGAUGUGCCAGUCGACGAAAAGUUCUUUUACAGGUAUGAACAGAGCCUUACAUAACUUUCUGAUUUGUCGUUUAUGAUUAAAUAACUAAGUGCCUUAUGUAACUUUCUGAUUGGUCGUUUAUGAUUAAAUAACUGCUAUGUGCCUUAUGUGACUUUCUGAUUGGUCGUUUAUGAUUAAAUAACUGCUAUGUGCCUUAUGUAACUUUCUGAUUGGUCGUUUAUGAUUAAAUAACUGCUAUGUGCCUUAUGUAACUUUCUGAUUGGUCGUUUAUGAUUAAAUAACUGCUAUGUGCCUUAUGUAACUUUCUGAUUGAUUGUUUAUGAUUAAAUAACUGCUAUGUGCCUUAUGUAUCUUUCUGAUUGGUCAUUAAUGAUUAAAUAACUGCUAUGUGCCUUGUGUAUCUUUCUGAUUGGUCAUUUAUAAUUAAAUAACUGCUACGUGCCUUGUGUAUCUUUCUUAUUGGUAGUUUAUGAUUAAAUUACUGCUAGUUGCCUUACGUAUCUUUUUUAUUGGUUGUUUAUGACUAAAUAACUGCUAGUUCUGGAUGUUUAUUUAUUGAGCAAUGUAAACUUAAAGAAAAUAUAUUUUUAAAUGAAAUGGUUGUCAAAUUAUUUUCAAGUAAUUUCCUGCUAAAUCAGCUACCAUAUGCAAAUGAGGGCAUCUUAUCUCCUUUGCUAUAAGAUUAUACAUAUCUAUUUGUGCUCCAUUGACAGAUAUUUCUCAGAAAGAGCCAGCAAAGUGCCAGACAAUGUCAGUGAUGGUGGUAGUGUCUCAGAUGAAGAAUUUGAUGCUUUCUUGGGUCAGUUGGUCAUCACUUAAAAAAAAAAAAAAGACUAAAGCUUGUUCAAUCAAAUUUCGGCUAUUAUAUUAUCACUAAACAUUGUCUUUAAGUCCGGAUUCAUUUACAGAGUGAUAUCGAUCAACACAAGCUUUUUAAUUAUACCGUUAUAUUUAUUGAUCUGCUAAAUUUGUAAAAAUCAUUGUACAAUAUUUGAUUUAUUCUGAUCUAUUUUUCAGAUGACUUUGAAAAAUCUGCUGAUGAUGGGAUUGAUGACCUUGACUUGGACUUUGCCAGGUAAGUCAGGUCAAUGAUAUUGCUUGUUAUCUGUUGAUGAACACUCAGUACUCUGCACCUCUGUGCAAGGGACAUUAUAUAGAAAACUAUAGGAGCAGCCUGCAAACAUCCAUUUAAAAAUAAUGGUCUGACCGCAGAUCCUUAUUUUUAUUUUUCAUCUAAACGCAGGCUAAACAGUUUUUUUAAAGUUUUUUCCAUCUCUUCGCUCAGUCUUAAAUAAAACUACUUGAAAUAAUAACAUUGAUUAUUUCCCUUUUGUGGACAGUGACAAAAAGAGCAAGAAGCAUGCAAAGCACAAGGAAGAAAGUGAGGAAAGUGAUGACUAUGAUGAUGAAGAUGAGGACCUUGACCUGGCCGAUGAUGAUCUAGCCGCCGAGUUUGAACAGGAAAUGGAUGAAGAUGACACAGGAAAUGCUAUGGAUGGUAGUGAAUUGUCACCAGAUGAAGAUGGUCAGUUGUGAAUGAGAAGUUUUUACCUGAAAUCAUUUGUGACACUCCAAAAAUAUCCUUUGUGACCAAAAUUAUCAUUUGUGACACUCCAAAAUUAUCAUUUGCUGACACUCCAAAAUUAUAAUUUUGUGACCCUAAAUUACUUGGCCAGUUUCUUUAAAAUCUCAGGCACCGGGAGUCUUGCUUGUUUUCCGCUCACAUUGGCGCUUCAUAUUAAAAAUUCUUUUAAUUUCAUUUUUGGGAGAGUUCAUUCAGCCGGGAUAGGGGUACAAACUGAAAUAAAUAUUUUAAUAUCAACUGAACUGAUUUGUCCACAACAGUUGUCAGUUGUAUCAAAGCAAGCUGAUCUACUUUCAAGCCUAAAGACUGAUUCUGGGAAUACUGUCCAUAAGUGUCAGGUUAAAUAAAUAACUUUCAUGCAACAUUAAAGCAAAUGACCUUCUUUACCCAAGUAUUUGGCUUUUUUUACCCAAGUAUUUGGCCUUUUUUACCCAAGUAUUUGGAUUUUUUCCAAGAAUUAGGCAUUCAUUAUGAUGGUAAUAUUGAAUAAAAAAAUGUCUUGUUGCCAGAUGAACUUCAAAUGAUGAUGCUGGGUGGUGGUGGAAAGAAACGGAAGAAACCUAGUGGUGAUGAUGAUGACGACCUGGACAUGUCCUUUAAUGACCAGAAGUUCAAGAAAAAAUCCAAGAAGUAA